AUGGCCACUGUCAUUCCUGGUGAUUUGUCAGAAGUAAGAGAUACCCAGAAAGCCCCUUCAGGGAAACGUAAGCGUGGUGAAACCAAACCAAGAAAAAACUUCCCUUGCCAACUGUGUGACAAGGCCUUUAACAGUGUUGAGAAAUUAAAGGUUCACUCCUACUCUCACACAGGAGAGAGGCCCUACAAGUGCACACAACAAGACUGCACCAAGGCCUUUGUUUCUAAGUACAAAUUACAAAGGCACAUGGCUACUCACUCUCCUGAGAAAACCCACAAGUGUAAUUAUUGUGAGAAAAUGUUUCACCGCAAAGACCACCUGAAGAAUCACCUCCACACCCACGACCCCAACAAAGAGACCUUCAAAUGCGAGGAGUGCGGCAAGAGCUACAACACCAAGCUCGGCUUCAAGCGGCACUUGGCCCUGCACGCUGCCACCAGCGGCGACCUCACCUGCAAGGUGUGUUUGCAGACUUUUGAGAGCACGGGCGUGCUCCUGGAGCACCUGAAGUCGCACGCGGGCAAGUCCUCUGGGGGCGUGAAGGAGAAGAAGCACCAGUGUGAGCACUGCGAGCGCAGGUUCUACACCCGGAAGGACGUCCGGAGACACAUGGUGGUGCACACGGGGAGAAAGGACUUCCUCUGCCAGUACUGUGCACAGAGAUUCGGACGGAAGGAUCACCUCACUCGACACAUGAAGAAGAGUCACAACCAAGAGCUUCUGAAGGUCAAAACUGAACCGGUAGAUUUCCUGGACCCUUUCACCUGUAACAUGUCUGUGCCUAUAAAAGACGAGCUCCUGCCGGUGAUGUCCUUACCUUCCAGUGAACUCUUGUCCAAGCCAUUCACAAACACUCUGCAGUUAAACCUCUAUAACACUCCGUUUCAGUCCGUGCAGAGCUCCGGAUCUGCUCACCAAAUGAUCACAACUUUACCUUUGGGAAUGACGUGCCCCAUAGAUAUGGAUGCUGUUCACCCCUCCCACCAUCUUGCUUUCAAAUGCCCAUUCAGUUCUACCUCAUAUGCAAUCUCUAUUCCUGAGAAAGAACAGCCGUUAAAGGGGGAAAUUGAGAGUUACCUGAUGGAGUUACAAAGUGGUGCACCCUCUUCAUCCCAGGAUUCUCAAGCGUCGUCAUCUAAGUUAGGGUUAGAGCCUCAGAGCGGGUCCCUGGAUGACGGUGCCGGGGACCUCUCGCUGUCAAAGAGCUCUAUUUCCAUCAGUGACCCCCUCAACACACCAGCAUUGGAUUUUUCUCAGCUGUUCAAUUUUAUACCAUUAAAUGGCCCUCCUUACAAUCCUCUGUCAGUGGGGAGCCUCGGGAUGAGCUAUUCCCAAGACGAAGCGCAUUCUUCUGUUUCUCAGCUGCCCACCCAAACACAGGAUCUCCAGGAUCCUGCGAGUGCCGUGGGUCUCGGUUCUCUGCACUCACUCUCAGCGGCGUUCACCAGCAGCCUGAGCACGAGCACCACCCUGCCCCGUUUCCACCAGGCCUUCCAGUAG